AUGUUGGAUAGGGGCCCCCGAGUUAUACACACACCACAGGUCGUCCUCGUUGGCAACAGCACAGUCAACAACUCCACCUUUCACAACUUGUACGACGGAGGUAUCGACCUUGCCUGCUAUGAUGCCGCUGAGACCAACAAAACAUACCACCCAACAGUGUAUCUGAGUAACCUCAAUCCAAACCAGACGACACAGCCAGUGAUCGAAAACGUUGGCUGUCACAUCUAUGGCAACAAUGCAACGCCAUCCAGCUUGUCAUCAUCACUGUCCAUCCUGCUUAUCAUUGCCCUGAUCAAUCUCCUUGCGGUCAGGAUGGCUUUAUAA